AUGUUUUUCGCCUUCAUGGAAUUCCCCAAGACAUCCUCUCCGACCGGGGUCCCCAGUUUGCCUCCAGGGUCUGGAGGGAGUUUUGCACAGAGCUGGGAACACCCGCAGUCUAACGGCCAGGUCGAACGGAUGAACCAGGAGUUGGAGACAGCCCUUUGCUGUGUUACAUCAGCCGAACCGACCGAAUGGAGCAGCCACCUGCCGUGGAUAGAGUACUCUCAUAAUUCCCAUGUAUCUGCAGCUACUGGCCUCAUUCCAUUUCAGGUCUCUGUUGGUUACCAGCCUUCGUUGUUUCCAUCAGAUGAGAAGAAGGCAGCCUCGGUGUCUGUGCAGCAUCAUGUUCGGAGAUGUCGGCAAGUUUGGGAUUUGACUGUCCGGGUUCUUCAGAGGACAUCAGAGCAGAACAGACGUUAUGCGGAUAGACGCCGCAUUCCAGCUCCCGAGUACUGCCCCGGUCAGAAGGUUUGGCUUGCCGCACGGAAUGUGCCUUUCAAGUCCCUGUCCAGAAAGUUGUAUCCCAGCUCAAACCUGUCCAAACCAGCACGCUCUGCCCUCCGGCCGAGCCUCCUCCACCCGCCCGGGACUUCCAGGGUCAUCCAGCCUACAGGGUCCGUCGGAUCGUGGCCUCUUGUCGACGUGGGUGGGGUUGGCAAUACCUGGUCGAUUGGGCUGGUUAUGGUCUGGAGGAUCGUUCAUGGGUUCCCGGGUCCUUCAUCUUGGACCCGUCUCUUAUUCAGACUUUUUUUGUCAUCGCAGGCUGGGCCUUCAGGGCCACCAGGUGGCGGCCGUUGA